CGACCGACCGGAGGCACCAUAGGGAGAAGGUGGCAUCGCAGCCCGUCCGGGUCGGCUGGCGCCCAAGCGGAGCCGGACGUCGAGGCUGCGCGGGGUGCCGUUCGUGCUUCUCCGUGGACUGCGGAACCUCCGCUUGGGCUUUGGCCUCCUCGCGAGUUGGCCCGGCCGGGCGCCCAGGAGAUGAGCCGCAUUGUCCUCAUUCUCAAGAGCCGGGCAUGAGCUCCUCAAGAACAGCCACCCAUGAAAUGGAGGAAGGCAGCUUUGGGGACCGAGCAGCGUCCAGGAAGCAGGAGAAAAGCAAACCAGGGAAUGGGAAGGAUACCUGUUGCCUUAAACAAGCUGGUGACUUUCAUCAAAUUCCAGUCCAGCAGGAACAUCACAGGGGAAAGGGAGAUAACAGGUGCCCAUCAUGUGGAAAAACAUUCUCUUCCAAAUCAAAACUUAACUCACAUCUCAGGACUCACACUGGAGAGAAACCAUAUAAAUGCAGGGCAUGUGAUAAGAGCUUCAGCCACAGCACACACCUUACCUCACAUCAGAGAAGCCACACGGGAGAGAAACCAUAUACAUGCUUGGAUUGUGGGAAGAGCUUCAGUCAGACUUCAAUGCUCACUAAACAUCAGAGAACACACACAGGGAAGAAGCCAUAUAAAUGCUUGGAGUGUGGAAAAAGCUUUACUCAGGGGUCACAUCUUACUAAACAUCAGCAAAUCCACACAGGAGAGAAAUGUUAUAAGUGUUCGGAGUGCAGCAGGAGCUUCCGUCAAAGAACACACCUGAUGUCACAUCAAAAAACACAUACAGGAGAAAAACUAUUUAAUUGCUUGGAAUGUGGAGAGGGUUUUUCUCAGAGUGCACUGCUGAAUAAACAUCAAAUGAUUCACAAAGGAGAAAAACCAUACAAAUGUUUGGAGUGUGAAAGGAGCUUCAGUCAGAACAAGCACCUUAUUUCUCAUCAAAGAAUUCAUACAGGGGAAAAACCAUACAGAUGCUUGGAGUGUGGAAAGAGUUUCAGUCAGAACUCAGGUCUUACCUCACAUCAAAAAAUACACACUGGAGAGAAACCCUAUAAAUGCUUGGAGUGUGGAAAGAACUUCAGUCAUAGUGCACAGCUAACGCAACAUCAAAGAAUUCACACGGGGGAAAAACCAUAUGUAUGUUUGGAAUGUGCCAGGAGCUUCAGUACUAGCACAGGCCUCAUUUCACAUAAGAGAGUUCACACAGGGGAGAAACCAUAUAAAUGCUUGGAGUGUGGAAAGAGUUUCAGUCAUAGCACGUACCUUACUUUACACAAGAGAAUUCACACAGGGGAAAAACCAUACAAAUGCUUGAAGUGUGGAAAGACCUUCAGUCAGAAUGCACACCUGACUUCUCAUCAGAGACUCCAUACAGGAGAGAAGCCAUAUAAAUGCUUGGAAUGUGGAAGGACCUUCACUCAGAGCUCACACCUCACUUUACAUAACAGAAGCCACACAGGAGAGAAACCUUAUAAAUGCCUGUCAUGUGGAAAGAGCUUCAGUAAUAGCACAUACCUCACUUGCCAUCAAAGAAUCCAUACAGGGGAAAAGCCAUAUACAUGCUUUGAGUGUGGGAAGAGCUUCAGGCUCUGCAGUGGGAGUGUGGUGCUUGGGGGUGACUGA